CUCUAGAACGGCCUUUGUGGCAGUUGCCUUGUCACCACUUUCCUUUCAAUGUGCUCCUCCCACACUGGCUGCUAGUCACGUCACCAGCCCCUGUAUUCUGAAUUUGUGCUGCCUCCGGGAGCUGUCAGGCUAAAUGGAAGCUACAAGAGUCCCUGGUCUUCUGCCAGGGGGACAAUCCUUCUACUAUUUUGCCUAUGGCAGCAAUUUGCUGAAAGAGCGGCUUCUUCUUUCCAACCCAUCCGCUUCCUUCCACUGCAUUGCCUCACUCAAGAAUUUCAGGCUUGCAUUUGGCAAUCAUGAAUACAGAAAGACUUCAUCUUGGGGAGGUGGUGUGGCUACAGUGGUUGAGAGCCAGAGAAAUGAAGUCUGGGGAGUUCUAUGGAAGAUGGACAUUACCAACCUACAUUCUUUGGAUAUGCAGGAAGGUGUUCAUGUGGGCAUUUAUGAACCUGUAGAGAUAAAUGUUCAAACAGCUGAAGGAAAUAUCACCUGUCGAUGUUACCAAAUGAAAAAGUGCGUCUUUGGCCUUACUUCUCCACAAUACAAGCAGGUCCUGUGCAUGGGAGCCAAACAGAAUGACUUACCACUUGAGUAUCAGAAGAUGCUGCAAGACACAGAAACCAACAACUUUUCUGGUCAUAUUCCUAUUAUGGACCAGCUCAAAGAUACAAUUGAAAAACUGCAAAGUGCUGUGUAUCAGUAAUGGAAAUGAAGAGAAACUGAACUUUGACCUCAUGUGAAAGAGACAUAACGGGCUGGAUACUAAAAAAUACACUUUGAAAAAGCGCUCAAAUCCUUUAACCUUUACCUUUAAUAUUAGUAAAGUUGUUUUGCAGGCUUAAUUCCUGUAACACUCACCCUUUCAUUGAGUGGGUCCGGUGCAAAUGCCCCGAACCUAUCACUUAAAUCAGGAUAUUCAGAUAUUCAUUCACAUUAUAUAGGUCACUCACCGCUCCUGGUCUCUGGUCCGGAUGUGACGCCCCAAACCCGCAGCUUUGGGAGGCUUUAACAACCAGCACAAUACCCUUGUGGCGUGCACUCGACAGAUCAGUAGAUGGUGGUGAAGUAAACAGAUUUAUUAACCAAACAUUUUCCCUAAUACGUCUCGUGUGAUCCCACACGUACUCAUAGGUGUACACCUGGGAUCGUGUGGGAUCACGCGAAACGCGUUAGGGAACAUGUUUGGUUGAUAAAUCUGUUUUACUUCACCUCCAUCUACUGAUCUGUCGAGUGCAUGCCACAAGGGUAUCGUGUUGAUAACGGACUGGAUAACAAAUGAUUUUUUAUGCAGUAAAACAAGAGGAGGACUCCCGCCUGGGAGAGAGUGGUUCAUUGGGUCUUUAUUCACUUGGAAAUCAAAAAGAAGCAUUAUACAUUUUAUUGAUAGUUUCACCUCUGCGGACAUUAGAAGGGGUCAUUUAUCAGAGAUUUUGCACGCUGUACCAUGAGUGAGCAAGCACACAACUAAGGUCAAAUCAUUACAUGACCAUGUUCAUCAGCUAUGUAUGCAUGAGUGGGGAACUCACCUAUACAUUUCCCCUCCAACUCCUUAUCUUGCUUAUCAUUUUGAUGUGCAGCAAGCAUCUGGGGUAAUUUACUAAUAAAGAUGCUAAAUUGCACAAGUUCUUUUGUCCAUUGCAGCAAUGAGUUUUGGUUAAUAUGCUAUAAGUUGCGAAAUGAAAGCAAAUAUCUGAGUGGUUUCUAUGGGUAAGUGCACUGGCACAAGCUAGCACCUACCUUAAUGAGUCACCUCCACUGUUACACUGGAAUAUGAAACAUUUUCUAUUUGAGCAGUUGAAAGUAAAUACUGGUAUAAUUUUAUUACGGGGGUGGUAUAGUUUCAGUAUGAUAUCGUUUAUUUAUUUUGUAUUUCUUAAAUAAAGUUUUCAAAUAAUUA